AUGAAGCUUCACUACAUUGGCAUCCUCCGCAACGACAGCAAGCCGGCUGUCGAGCUGUGCAGUGAGAUGGAGCUGUCGGCAUACUCGCGAUUCACAAGAAACAGCUAUGCCGAGUUCAUGACCCUCUUCUCCAAGAAGGUUGCCGAGUCUACCCGUCCCGGCCAGAGACAGGAUAUCGAGGAGGGCGACAACACGUUCCACUGCGUGGGAAGGAGCGAAGGCAUCUGCGGCGUCAUCAUUUCCGACCACCAAUACCCCAGUCUAGUAGCCCACCAGCUUCUCUCCAAGAUCGUCGACGAGUUCCUCACCAAGCACCCGCGCUCCACGUGGGCCACCGGCGAGCCCAAGCUCGCCCUUCCCGAGCUCAAGGAGUACCUCACCAAGUAUCAAGACCCCCAGCAGGCCGACUCCAUCCUCAAGAUCCAGAAGGAGCUUGACGAGACCAAGAUUGUCCUGCACAAGACCAUCCAGAGCGUGCUGGAGCGCGGCGAGAAGAUUGACGACCUGGUUGCCAAGAGUGACGGCCUGAGCUCCCAGAGCAAGAUGUUUUACCAACAGGCAAAGAAGCAAAACUCGUGCUGCGUCGUCAUGUAA